GCCGGCGAUGCAGCUGCGCGGCGGCGCGAGCGUCGAGGUCGCCGAUGAGGAGGAGGAGGCGGGCGGCGAGGGCUCGGACGCGUACGAGGCCGAGGAGGACGAGUACGACGACGACGAGAUCGACGAGGACGAGGUCGAGCUCGGGCUCGUCAAGCCCAUGCCGGCCAACCGCGACGAGUGGGACAUCGACUUCGCCGUCGGCAAGGUCGGCGGCGUCCCGCGAUGGCUCGACCCGCGUGCGCCGCUCGCGCCCGAGGACGUCGAGUGCGCGACGUGCCACAAGACGAUGGCGCUCCUGCUCCAGGUCAACUCGCCCGACGACGAGCGCCCGCACGCCGCGGCGCGCUCGCUGUACCUGUUCGCGUGCCGUUCGCCCGGGUGCCUCGCCAAGGACCCGGCCCAGGCGCUCAGGGUGUGGCGCACCCAGAUGGAGAGCCCCAACGCGUUCUUCCCGCACACCGACGAGACGCAGAAGGAGCGCAAGCGCCUCGAGGACGCCCUCGAGCCCAACUCGGCCCUGUCGAGCAAGCCUUCUACGCCUGCGAGGCCCUGGCCCGAGUUCGACAUCGGCGCCGAGCCUGAGCCGUACGAGGAAUCGUACCUCCCCGAUCCUGCCGCCCCUGCGCUCGACAACGAGGAGGGCACCGAGGACGCAACGUCGGCCGACACCAAGACGGGCGUCGACCGCGCCUUCCUCCAGUUCCAGGAGCGGCUCGAGCGCGAGCCCAAGCAGGUCCUCCGCUUCUACCGGAUACCCGGCGUCGACGACCCGCAGCCGCUGUGGGCGAGCAGCAAGACGAUCUCGCCGUCCGAGGUCCCGACGUGCGAGCUGUGCCGCUCCGAGCGCAAGGUCGAGUUUCAGGUCCUCUCGACCCUCCUCUCGUCCCUCUCGGACGACUCGUUCGAGUUCGACUCGCUCCUCGUCUACACGUGCGCCAACAACUGCGCCAUCCCUCCUCGCGAGGGCGGCAAGACGGGCUGGGCGUGCGAGGUCGCGUUCAAGCAGGACUUUGCGGCCGAGGGCGUCAAGUUUGGGCAGCGGUAGCGAGAGGCCCGAUGGGGCGGGAGGAGGUUGUUGUAGAGCUCGUUCAGACGCUGCCACUACAUCAUGUAGCUGUCUC